CGGGCUAUCCACCAUUGUUGUUAUCGUGGAUUAGACACGUAGAUUUUUGCUGAGAACUCUACAGAGAGGGCAGGAGCAAACUAAUAAAACACGGUAGAAAGACUAAUGAAAUGUUGCAUUGCUUUCACAGUCAAUGAAACAUUGGUGACUCUAUCUGGUAUUGUUAAAAACAGCAUAAAAGUAAUAGUGUUAGUGCUUAGAAUAUAAGUUGUUUAGAUGGGGGAGGUGAGAAAACUCCAGAAGAAACUGAGACAGAUUGAGAAUCUUGAGAUAAGAAUCUAUCAUUCCCUCACUCCAGAAGAAAAAGUUAAGAUCUCCAGGAAGGCGGAGCUCCGCACCAGAUUGGCUGAACUGCUGCUGCAGCUUUCUGGCCCCCAGCAAACUCCGGGGAUUGUGGGAGAAGGAAAACAGGAGAAGAUGAAAAGACAAGUUGAAGCCAGCUCUGAGGCACUUCCCUCACACAGUCCUUCUGCUACCAAGAUUCCCAGAAUUCCCAAGGGGGAGACACAGCGGGCAGGUCAACAGGAGAAGACAGUCAGUCAGAAAGAGGCUUUGACGAGGAAAGAGAUCGGCAGAAUGAAGGGAAUGGAGAGACAAAGGGAGACAGGAUCGGGGGUAAUGCAGUCAGAGCCUGUGCCAGCCGGGAUGAACACAAGCCUUGUGGAGGACCAGGAAGAUGCCGAGUUUUCAUCUCUCAAAGCCUCUUGGGAGAAAGCUAAGUUUCGUUUGAGGUUGCUAGAGGGUCACAGUGACAUCAUAACCUGUGUGGUUGCCGUUGACAACCUGGUGAUCUCUGGCAGUCGAGACACGACAAUAAAGGUGUGGCUUGUUCCUACGGCAACAGAGCAGCGGAAUUUGGGGGGUCACACUGGCGGGGUCACCUGUCUGGCUGCCCCUCCACCUGAAUACUGCAGAAGACUGGCCUGUGAUUUGUCUUUGGGAGAGAAGGAGAGGUUCAUUCUGAGUGGCUCAACAGACUGCUGCGUGAGGAUCUGGGCCUUAAGCACUGGACAGUGUGUAAAGUCCAUAUACACCUUUAACGCCGUGACUGCUCUCUGCUUUGUGCCUGAAGGCCAUGGCUACAUCAUCAUCGGAUCAGAUGGGGGUAAAGUUCAGGCCUGGAGCUGGCAAACCAUGGAAAACUGUCAAUCCAUCAAUGCCCAUGACGAGGCCAUAACAUCCAUACAGUCCCAGGGUCCCCUGGUGUUCAGCGGCUCGGCGGAGGGCGGUUUGUCUGUGUGGGAGGGGCUUUGCUCGGACCGGCAACCUCUGCGACUGUUGCAUCGCUGGGACGCCGAGGUAACGGGCUGCAGAGGCCAGGGGGCUCGGCUGACCCUCAGUCCCCGCGGCGACCGGGUCUUUGUGGCCUAUGGCAGAGCCAGCGUAAGGAUCAUCAACUGGAGGACGGGGACUGUGUCCAGGCUAGCCAAUCACAGCAGCGUCGCCGGCCUAACCGAUUGUGUACAUCAGAUUGGGGGUCUGCUGAUUGGCUCUUGCUACGAUCUGGCCAAUGGGGAAAGCUCGCUGAACCUGUUCUCCCUCCCGCAGUGCAGGUACUUGGCCUCACUGACCUGCAUGGAUGCUCCCAGAAUUCUUUGCUUUGCGGCUUGGCUUACGGGCAGCGGGGGUCACCGCUGGGUCACAGGGGGGCGUGACCUAAUGGUGUGGGAACAGCUCCCCAGUUCCGGGAAGCAGAGGGGUGAUGUCACGGCGAAGCGAGACAGCCGAUUGGACGCCACCCUGACGGAGACCGAGUGGGAGGACGAGGACAGCGAUGGUGAGCAAUAUUACGAUGAUGAUGACGAGGGCGGUGACGAAGAAGACCACACGUCCCAAAAUGCAGCAGAGUCGAGCUUGUCAUCCUGGCUCCGCUGUUCUCUCCAGUGACUGCCGGUCUCACGCCACCCGCUGCAACCUAGCCGAAAUGCCUCACCUAACAGCCUGGAGAGCAAAAAAGGCGAGAGAGAGAGAGAGAGAGAGAGAGAGAGAGCGGCGGAGAAGAACUGGAGGAGGAGAGAGAGCGAGAGAGAAAGAGAGAGAUCGGCGGGGAAGAACUGGAGGAGGAGAGAGAGCGAGAGAGAGCGAGAAAGAGAGAGUGAAGUGUGACAGAUUGAGUGGUGGCGGUGGAGAGGGAGCGUAAGGAGAACGGACAUGUUAGUGAGUGAGAGAGGCAGAUUGUCACUCUGCACACUAUGUAAAUGUUGUUGUUUUCCUUUACGCAAUAAAGCUGCCAUACUCUGAC